AUGGCCGCCUAUGGAGAUGCAGAUGGUACACGCGCAGCUGUGCGCGAGCUUCUCACCACUUACAACGAUCUCAACGGCGCCACGGUAGAGGAGCUUGAUCAUGAGCCAAGUCCACUCGAAUUCAUGCGUUCCGUCGCCCGCAACACACCCUUCGUUGUACGACAAGGUGCGGCAUCGUGGAAAUCGCAUCAGAAGUGGACGCCGGACUACUUGAAAGAUAAGUUAGCAGGGCAAAGGGUCAAUGUCGCCAUAACCCCACACGGUAAUGCCGAUGCUCCAACGUUUUCGCCGUGCCAUGGUUCGACCGUCAUUGCCAAGCCCCACGAGGAGGAGCAGGCCUUUGACGAGUUCCUUGACUAUGUCACGACGCAAGAGCUUAAACAAGGAUCGCAGUCGGCCGAAGUGAGGUACGCCCAGACACAAAACGACAAUUUCCGCAAUGAGUACAUUAGUCUCUUCGCGGACGCUCAGAGUGACAUUCCUUUCGCCCGCAUCGCAUUGCAGAAGGAAGCAGAGGCUAUCAACCUGUGGAUAGGUAACUCCUGCUCAGUCACCUGCUUGCACCGCGAUCCUAUGGAGAAUAUUUAUGUGCAGGUUUUGGGUAGAAAACAUUUCAUCUUGUUGCCGCCCCUCUUCCAUCCCUGUGUCAAUGAGAAGAUGAUGCAGCCGGCCACCUACACGCGCACUGGAGGCGUGCUCACGCUGGAGGUGGAUGAGGACGAAGAGAGGGUGCCUUUGGCGACUUGGGACCCUGACAAGGCUGAGAGGGAAGCUACUGAGUUUUCACAUCUAGCCAAGGCGGUGCGUGUCACCCUAGAUCCGGGCGACAUGCUCUAUCUCCCUGCGAUGUGGUACCACAAGGUCAAGCAAUCAAGUAAUGAGGAGGGCUGCGUAGUGGCUAUGAAUUUCUGGUACGACAUGGAUUACUCAGGACCGUUCUACCCAUCCACAACGUUUAUUAGAAACUUGGGUGUGUCCAACCAGAAGUAG